AUGUCGAACGAUUUGAAGUCAGCUAUAGUGGAGGAUUACGCUCAAAGCUUGACUGAUUUAACGUUUAACUCGCGUCCAAUAAUUGAUAACCUCACCACCAUUGCCAAAGAGAAUACCAACGUAGCAGAUGGUAUAAUCAAUGCAAUAACAAAUAGAAUACUCAAAUGUAUUCCCGAACACAAAUUAUUUGCACUUUACGUGUUAGAUUCAGUAUGUAAGAAUGUUGGAAAUCCAUAUAAUAUAUUAGUUGGUGACGAAAUAUUCAAACUCUUUUCACACGUUUAUUUGUUGGUGAAUGGACAGGUAAGACAAAAGCUUGUAAAUUUGUUUGAGACUUGGAAGAUUACUAAAACUAAGGGUACCAACUUGCCAUUAUUUCCAAGAGAGCAGUUAGAUAAGAUUUCUGCAUUUUUAACCCAGGCACAUGCUAAGAAUUCAAAAAGAAAUGAUCAAUUGACCAAUAAUGUUUUGAUAGAUGAUAUCAACACAUUGGUUCCUAUUUUCCAGAACAAGCUCAUCAAUAACCCAGAUCCAAGAUUAACAGACAGAUUUAAUGCAUUGAAUCAAUUAAAGACAUUGCUACAGAGCCAAAACAUGAACGUUAACGAGCUACAAGCGGUACAAUCGCAAUUGCAAACUAUUAAACAACAGGAGUUAAAUACUUAUAAUACACCAAUACCUACUCCAGCAGCGACCCCUGCGACGACCCCAGGAUUACCAAAUACCCCUGUGAUUCAAAAUAAUAAGGCUAGGGAUAUCUUUGGCAUGCUAGUAGUCUCUGGCUUAAUUAAAAUGGACCAAGCUCUUAAGCCUGGUUCUUUACCAACAUACGAAUUAAACUUUCCCAAGCAAAAAUAUCAACCUACAGUUAAUAUCCCUAAUAAUGUAGAUUUACCAUCAAAUAGUGUAUUAGAACAAUUAUUAAUAAACUCGAAUGCAAAAUUCAAUAUUCCAAGUUCGAACAUAGCCAGAACAGAAUAUGAUCAAUUAAAAUUCAAUGAAUUAAAUAAUUUAUCUAUCGAUUCAAAGGGGUUACAAAAUUUCAUAAAUACUAACAAGAUUUCGAAUUCAACAAGGUCAUUGUUAUAUGAAGCAAAGUCAUCAAAAUGUGGUACAUGUGGUAAGAGAUUUACUACUGAUGAAGCUGGUGUCAGUAAAAGAAGAUUGCAUUUGGAUUGGCAUUUCCGUAUAAAUAAGAAGAUGGCUACUUCCAGUGUACAAUCAAGAGUUUGGUAUUUAGACGAUUACGACUGGGUCAAAUUCAGAGACGAGAACUUGCUAGAAUACUCAACAACUUCAAAUACCGAAUCUUUACAAACUAGCAUAUCAAACAAUUCUAAUAUGACUAAGGCUGAAACGCCUUAUGUCACAAUUCCUUCAAAUGAAACAAAUAUGAAUAAUAAAUGUCUCAUUUGUCGUGAUCAAAUUAAAGCUACUUAUAAUGAUGAUCUUGGUGAAUGGUGCUGGUUCAAUUGUAUCAGAGCUCCCGGCGAAGGUAAAAACAGCCGUAAAAUUUGUCAUGCUACGUGCUUCAACGAAGCGAAUAAAAAGAGAGGUGCAGUAGAUGAGUUGAAUACAAAGGUAAAGCGGGAAAAGUUUUAA